AGCAAGGCUUUGGGAAGGUUGACAGCCCUUUCACUAUAAUCAGUCCUAGUUAAAUCAGAGAACCCUUGUUUAGCUAAUUCUUGAAGAAGUAAAUGGCCACCGCUUCCCAAGCUCAACCCCAACCACUUCCUCUUCAAGACCGAGUCGCAAUCGUCACUGGCUCCUCGCGCGGAAUCGGCCGCGAAAUCGCGAUUCACCUCGCUUCACUCGGUGCGCGAAUCGUCAUCAAUUACACCUCCAACUCGUCCCAAGCCGAGUCAGUUGCCGCUCAAAUCAACGCCAACUCCGCCACGCCGCGGGCCGUCGUGGUCAAGGCUGACGUGUCCGAACCGAGCCAAGUCAAGUCCCUCUUUGACUCUGCCGAGCGCGCCUUUGACUCGCCGAUCCACAUCCUGGUCAACUCGGCAGGCGUUCUCGACGGCACGUACCCCUCCAUUGGGAACACCACCAUGGAGUCCUUCGACCACACCUUCGCGGUGAACACGCGCGGUGCGUUUGUGUGCGCGAGGGAGGCGACGAACCGGUUGAAGCGAGGCGGCGGGGGGCGGAUCAUUCUGGUGACGUCGUCGCAGGUGGCGGCGCUGCGGCCGGGGUUCGGUGUUUACGCUGCGUCGAAGGCUGCGGUGGAGGCGAUGGUGAAGGUUCUGGCGAAGGAACUGAAGGGAACGCAGAUCACGGCGAACUGCGUGGCGCCGGGGCCCAUCGCAACGGAGAUGUUCUUUGAGGGGAAGUCGGAGGAGACUGUGAAUAGGAUCGUGCAAGAGAGUCCUUUGGGGAGGCUGGGUGAGACCAAAGACGUGGCUCCUGUUGUGGGGUUCUUGGCCACUGAUGCUGCCGAAUGGGUCAACGGUCAAAUUGUUCGUGUCAAUGGCGGUUAUAUUUAAUCGACCUCCACUGUUUGAACUGAAUAAGAUGGAAAUAACAUGCCAGAGUUCACACACUCGUAUGUAUAAGUUUCCACUGAAUGAGUAUAAUCUCCCAAUUUCAUCAAUCAUAUCUGUUUUCCUUUUCUUGUGUUAGUUUUAUCUAUACUUACUCAAAAGUUGGAAGAUCCAUUCGCUAGUAAACUUU